UCUCUUUCAACACCACCCACCAACAACAAGACAGAUGCCGCUAUUAUACCAGCCAUGGUCGGCAAUGCUGCUUUCUAGCUUGCUCGUGUCCGCCCCUUUCGGUUCCGGAGUCAUUGGGUUUAGCACGCCCUCUCUGUUCCGAGCAAGCUCCUCAGCUGGAGGGCGCACGUACACCAGGCGGAGCAGAUUCUGGAAGCAUUGUCCAGCAGGACGAACUACGUCGUCGAUACCGAGUAUGUCUUUGCCAGCGGAGGGUGGGCCAACGAGCAGGAAUCGGGCAAUCGGACUUGGCGUGGCAUCUCUCUUCUCAUUGGCCGUGGCCCCAACGCCUGGUCUUGCGCUUGACCCUGUCCGCAAGGUACAAGAGCAACUACGCAUCCGAGCACAGGAGGAGUUCGAUAACGUAGAGGCUCUUGCUUCACCAGAGGGAGGCAAGACCCUCCAGCCGGUUCUUGCUCUGGUACCCAUCAUCACGCUUCGACUGCAACUGGACGAGGUGGAGAGCAAUCUCAAAGAUCCACGCCUGUUCGGAGCCGCGUUGACAAUUCUGCAAGCUCAAGACUUCCAGAAGAAAGACAUCAAGCGCGUGUUCAACGCGUACAGCGACAACAUCUACUACUUGCCGGAUUCGGAUCGGGAAAACAAGUACCUCCAGGGCGGGGCGACGCCUUCCAGCCGACAAACGCUGCAGUAUCUCCUCCGAAACGAUGUGAUCGACAACGUCGAGGCUCUCACAGCGGAGAUAUCGUAUCUAAUCAGAGAGAGGGAGGUCGGGGGCGAGGCAGACACCGAUGAGAAGGACUUGAGGAUGUAUUUGGGGAAGUGCAAGCAGAGCUUCGACAAGUACCUGGGCAUGGUGCUGCAGAACGAGAUCGACGAGGCAACAGACAUGGCAAAGGUGGCCUUGGCCAACAAGAGAAAGGGAAAUGCGCCCACUCCGGCGAAAACGCUGUAGUAGCAGACCUCCUCGAACUAGAUUGCUGCCGAGAACGGGGGGAGUUUGUCCGAUGCCGCUAGAAACCAGUAGAACGGUUUUGAUCGUGCUCUUCCUGUCUCGACAGCCUCCCGCCGAUCCAUCAGUCGCUAUAGAGCGGUGGGAUGUAGCUCUGUGUUGUUGAUGGGUGUAGCAGUGUUAGAGUGCAUGUUGUCAAGAUUUCAGUAGAACUGAAAAAAAAAAGGCUGCCACUCCAGUGGAUAGGUUAGUUCGCGAUAGACUUCGUGUGGUGCACCUCGUCAAUGAUCUUGGAAGGUGCGUAACAACAGAGUUGCGUCUCUCAUGCACUUCAAAAGCUGAAAAGUGUCUACAAGACGUGUUGGAAACCUGUGUUAUUGUGGAGACGGAAGAACAAGGUACAAACCACAAUGCUUAGGUCAUUGUAGACAAGAAGCGAGAAGUCGGGGGUGGUCCAAAAAAACUAGCACGU